GUCUUCUUCUUCGUCCUCUUUUCCUCCCCACUUCUUCUCCCCGUCUCUCUAUCUCUCAUUCUGAUCCUGUUCUUGUUCUUCUGUCAUUGGUCUCUUGACACGGUUCUGUCUUGUUUCGGACUGGACCAUGUUUUGACCUAACCUCAAGAUUACGUCCCACUGAUUAUGCAUGACAAACUAACGAGUCUCCGGACCUGGCAUCUAUAUCGAUGCUUCGGCUAUGUCCUCCGCAGCGCAUAACAGCCAUCCACCCACCGGGAAUGGCGUGACUAAGCGCAAGUCAGGCUCUGCUGCCUGCAUUCACUGCCAUCGACGUAAAGUGCGCUGCGAUGCUCGGCUUGUCGGGUUGCCUUGCUCCAAUUGCCGUUCGGCGGGGAAGUCCGACUGUCGCAUCCACGAGAAAAAGAAACGCUUAGCUGCACGCUCAAUUCUGAACCCCGUACCCAUCCGCUGCCGUCCACCGGCCUCCGAAACUACACACAAGUCGUCGAGUCCUGCUACUUUCACUGCUCCAUUGAACGCAUUCACAACUACCCUCCGCAAUGUUCAGCCGGACUUUGCAGCAGCCACUACCCUCGCAAAUGUCCGCUUACUCCAUCAUGCGAGUGGUGAUAAUGUUAAUUCUCAAUCUCAGCACCACCAAUCCUCCCCAACGUCCGAUGCUCAGACCUACAACCGUCCAACAGGAUCAGAGCUUUCCAUAGAGCAGGACUCUCAUUCGGACUUGGACAGACGAUUAGUGAAACUCAUCGACGAAGAAGAGUCGGGGAGUCGAGAAAUCCGUCGAGGUGUACGAGCAAUCUAUGUCGGUCAUGAACUGUCCAACAUGUCCUUCUUGAUCCGUCAGCAGCGAAACGAGGUUGACGACGUAUAUCACUUUGCCGGAAACGAGAUUCCUCGUCGACAAUUGAGGACAGGUCAUGAUCAACUUUUAAUGGACGCCCUUACACUCCCCGAACCGGCUUUAGCCGAUGAGCUGGUCCAGGCAUAUUUUGACCACGUGAACCCAGGAUAUCCCAUCAUCGAUGAAGAUCUCUUCAUGACACAGUAUCGGAACCGGGACCCUACGGAUCCACCGCCAAUUCUGCUGUUACAGGGGAUUCUCUUAGUCGGAGCCCACGUGGCUCGGGCAAAAGCCGAACGUGACGUCCUGAAGGAGAUCUUUUUCCGCCGAGCGAAGUGGCUAUUCGAUAGUCGCAUCGAGCGAAACCGAGACAUCAUGAUCCAGGCCGCUUUGCUCAUGACUUGGUUUUCCGAUAGCGCUGAUGACGAUGUCUCAGCCAAUGCUCAUUACUGGGUUGGCGUAGCUGCUAGGAUUGCAACGGGACUUGGAAUGCAUCGAAAUCCUGUUUCAAGCCGCUUUGUUCCGCGGGACCGCCGUAUGUGGAGGAGACUCUGGCAUAUUUUGGUCCAAUUCGAUGUCAUGGUCUCUCUUUCAUACGGACGCCCGCAAGCUAUCAACCUCGAGGAUUCAGAUGUAUCCUCGUUAACACUUUCAGAUUUUCAAGGAUGUGGACCUGGAGUUCAGACCGACUUUGUUAUUCAUUUCUCAGGACUCUGCACAAUGAUCUCCAGUAUUGUCCGCAAUCGGUUUGGACUAAGAGUCAGCCCAGAGCGUCGCAAAGCGGUUCUGCAAGAAGCCGAUGAGAGCCUAGCGAAUUGGUCUCUGAAACUUCCUGACAAGCUACGGCUGCGGGCAUCUGACAUGGAUCCUUGGUCUGCCAUGCUUCACUUGACCUAUAACAAUUUUCUCAUUUUACUGCAUCGACCUCAUCCAAAAGCAUCUGCAUAUUCAGACGACUACGGUCCACAUGAUGCUGAAAUUUGCAGUGCAGCUGCAGGGGUUAUAGCCUCGAUCUUCGAGGAACUCCGCCUCAAUGAUCGCUUGAAGAUUCUGUGGUAUUCUGCCGUCCAUACUCUCUUCACGGCAAUGAUACAAGUGCGAGUAGAGCUUCGGUUUUCAAAUCCGGUCUUGGCGAUCAAUGCCCUUCGUCGAUUUGACUCUGCUUCCUAUUCACUUCGCGAAUUAGCAGGGUACUGGUCUCAUGCCACUACCAUCUUACGAUUGUUCGAAGAUUCCAAGCGUCUUCAGGAAGAUCUUCGCUUGGCCACGAGCGAGAGACCCCGUGGCUUUAGAAACGCGCAAGAACAGGGAAAGAAUGUGGCCAAUUCUUCAGCCUCAGACUCUACCACAAAUACGAUAGAUACACAAACCCCACAACAGCAGGAGGACCAAACUAUGCCUUACGAAGUCCCGACGCCAGACUCAACGCAUGCCCCAACCACCACGGUGUCCGCAGGCCUUCAACAGAACCACACAAUUGACCAUUGGAUGUCAUCCAGUAACAUAACACCGGCAGAAACCAUGGAUGCGCCCCGCGACACCCUUGAUUGGCGGCAGCUGUUUUCUUUCGCCGAUCUGGAUCAACCUGUUCUUCCGAUGGCCAUGGAAGGCCUCCCUGAACUAGAAGAUGAGUGGCGUCAGAUAUACUGGCAAGAAACACCCUUGUCGGACCUCUUGCACGACGGAGGUUGGAUGCAUGGUUAAUAAUGCCGUGAUUUUCGCCUCGUAGUGCUUCCGACAUGACCUCGAUCAUCUAUAUUGAAGCAACUCAACAUCUCUGGUGGGAUUGCUCUCAAUGUCGGAUCAUGCACUGUGCGCCAAUAAUAAUGAAAUGACGACUUUCCUACUGUCUUGUUUCGGCUUUCACAGGGAUGUUUAGCACCAUUGAUCAUGGCAGAGUACUAAUGCGAGUUUAUGACAUAUAUCUUACAUAGCUUCCUAC